AUGCGGGGCGACGCGCCGCCGCCUACAGCGCCCUCUGCCUCCUCCUCCUCACCAUCCCUCUUCGGCGGCGGCGGCGGCGAGCUCUUCGAGUCGGGGCCCUCGCCCCUCGUCUUCCUGCCCCUGCUCCUGAUCCAGGGCGGCGGCAUGGACCUCUCCCGCGUCGGCGAGAGGCUCCUCAGCUCCGUCCGCUCCGCGCGCUCCAUCGGCCUCCUCCCUCCGACCCCCGCCCCAGCCCCUUCCCGCCCCGAGGUUCCAGCUCGAGCUGCUGCCGCGGCGGCGGCUGCCCGCGCGAUCGCGGGGCUGCCCCCGCACGAGCGGAUCAACCUGCCGUCCAAUUCCGAGGACCUCGUCUCGAUCUACGGGAGCAACCCGCAGGGCCCGCCCGUGGACGACCUCGAGGAGGUCUUCUAUCUGGAGGAGUUCGACCCGAUAAAGUACAUUCUGGCCAAUAUAUCGGAAGCAGGAGGCGAUGCCACCUAUUUCGAUAAGCAGUCUACUAUGAGAUUGGCGCAGCUCGACAAGAUUGCCGAACGAUUGUCGCACCAUGUUAUGGGUCAUUAUGAGGAAAUGGGUUUUUAA